AACCUUUGAUGGGAAGCAAAGGCUGCAAUGCCUUUCUUUCUGCAGAUAGGGGGAGAAGCUCCUCUUCCUUUCCCCAACUUGCUUUCCUUGUGGAGUGUGCCUGCUUCCCUCCUCAUUCCCUCCUCGCCCUUAGUUUCUUGUUGGAAGAGAGAAAGUGGCCACAGAGCCAGCCAUGGAGGUCAGCAUGGACACAGCUGACAACAACAUGGCUGCGGCCGCCUCUGCUGCCCAGGAUGAGCUGAAUCAGCUCGAACGUGUGUUUUUGCGUCUUGGCCAUGCAGAAACAGAUGAGCAACUGCAAAAUAUUAUAUCCAAAUUCCUACCCCCUGUUCUUCUGAAGCUUUCUAGUACACAGGAAGGGGUACGCAAGAAGGUGAUGGAACUGCUGGUUCACCUGAAUAAACGAAUCAAGAGUCGUCCCAAAAUCCAGCUUCCCGUGGAGACCCUACUUGUCCAGUAUCAAGAUCCUUCUGCAGUGUCCUUUGUUACAAACUUUACAAUAAUAUAUGUUAAGAUGGGAUACCCUCGUUUGCCUGUGGAAAAGCAAUGUGAACUGGCUCCCACUCUCCUUACUGCAAUGGAAGGAAAACCUCAGCCUCAGCAAGACAGCCUAAUGCACCUUCUAAUACCAACCCUUUUCCACAUGAAAUAUCCUGUUGAAACUCUGAAAGCAACUUCUCCAUUUAACCUUGCUGAAAAACCAAAGACUGUACAGCUGCUAUUGGAUUUUAUGUUGGAUGUCCUUCUAAUGCCUUAUGGAUACGUACUGAAUGAAUCCCAGAGUCGCCAAAGCGUGCCGCCAGGGCAGGGCUCCUCUUCAUCAAGUACUUCUGGGGGUGUUGGGAUCCCUCAGCCUCCUCCAGGAAUGAGCUUUUAUGCGGCCAAGCGGGUCAUUGGAGACAGCCCAUGGACACCUGAACAGCUGGAACAGUGUAAAUUGGGCAUCGUUAAGUUCAUUGAAGCUGAGCAAGUGCCUGAACUUGAAGCCGUCAUACAUUUGGUCAUUGCCUCCAGUGACACACGGCACAGUGUGGCUACUGCUGCAGACCUUGAACUUAAAAGCAAGCAAAGUUUAAUUGACUGGAAUAAUCCACUGAUCAUCAAUAAGCUAUAUAAAGUGUAUCUUGGGGACAUACCACUAAAAACCAAGGAGGGAGCAGUUCUGAAACCGGAAUUGAAACGCGAUCCUGUCAGCACACGGGUUAAAUUAAAGAUUGUCCCUCAUCUUCUGCGUUCCAGACAGGCUGCAGAAACAUUUCCUGCCAAUAUUCAGGUUGUCUAUGAUGGACUGUUUGGAGCAAAUACCAAUGCAAAACUGAGAACCUUGUGUCUUCAGUUUGUGCAUCAUAUUUGUGUAAUUUGUCCAGACAGUAAGAUCAAGCCACUAGGCCCAAUGCUUUUGAAUGGACUGACAAAGCUGAUUAAUGAAUAUAAAGAGGAGCCCAAGCUGCUCUCGAUGGCUUAUUCAGCUGUUGGAAAACUCUCCAGCCGAAUACCUCAGUUGUUCACCAAGGACCUGGCACUAGUUCAGCAGUUUUUUGAAGCCCUUUCUAAGGAAGACCCUGAUACUAGACUUGCUAUUCAGGAGGCCUUGUCUAUGAUGGUUGGAGCAUACACUAGUUUAGAAGGAGCACCACGCACUCUAAUGGAGGCACUUGUGGCCUCUAACCUGAUUAAGCCUCAAGUCCAAGUGCGUCAGGUGGCAGUAAAGUUUGCCAGUACAGUGUUCCCUUCAGAUCACAUUCCUUCAAGAUACUUGCUACUUUUAGCUGCAGGAGAUCCGCGAGAGGAGGUACACGGGGAAGCACAGCGUGCACUGAGAACAUUUCCCAGUAAAAAUGAAAAGGAAAGUGCUGGUAAACAGAUGCCUUCGUUCCCAGAAAUGGUCCAGUAUAUCCAAGAGAAGGCUUCCCAUAGAAUGAAAACUCCUGCUAAAUACAUGACUGGGACUACUGUCAUGCCUUUCAACCCAGCUACUUUUGGAGAGAUAGUCCUAUAUCUCAGGAUGUGUCUUGCUCAUAGUGCUGGCGUAGUGCCCACCUCUCAGAGUUUAGCAGAUAUGCAAGAAGACCAGGCUCCUGCCAUUGGCCGUUACAUAAGGAACCUGCUGUCUGGGCAUGUUAUAACAUCCUCUUCAUCAAAGGGUGGCGAGAGCAACCCUGUGCAGAUCUACAUAAGUCUUCUUCAGCAGCUGCUCUCUGGUGUUGGAGGUUUGGCAGUCAUGUACUGUCUACUGGAAGUUGUUUCAGUCUAUCCUGAAAAAUUGGCUGUGAGAUUUGUUGACAAGAUGGAUUGGAUCAAGAGCCUUAUGAAUACUAAUAAAGAAGAAAUGCGGGAGCUGGCUGCUCUAUUUUAUUCGGUAGUGUUGUCAACAGUUUCAGCAAAUGAAUUUAAAACAUCCGUUCAGCAACUGAUAAAAACAGCAAAGGACAAUCAUAAUUUGGAACUGCAGCAUGGAUCCUUGUUGGCUCUAGGAUUCACUGUUGGACGGUAUUUGUCAAAGAGAAAAACUGGGAUGGUAGAAUUGCACGACCUUGAAGAUCCAAAUACUAUUAUUGCUCCAGAACAAGACCAGCUGAUCAAGUCAACAACAGAAACUAUAGGGUCUUUUUUGGAUAGCACUUCACCACUUUUGGCAGUAGCUGCAUGUACAGCAUUGGGAGAAAUUGGAAGGAAUGCCCCUUUGCCCAUUCCUGAUGAAGGCUCUGGAUUUACAAAACUCCAUCUUGUUGAAAGCUUAUUAGCCAGGAUUCCAUCUGGCAAGGAAACAAAUAAGAUGAAAGAGCGGGCUAUACAAACACUAGGCUACUUUCCAGUGGGUGAUGGAGAUUUUCCUCACCAGAAACUCCUCCUACAAGGAUUAAUGGAUUCUGUGGAGGCAAAGCAAAUUGAGCUACAGUUCACUGUGGGAGAAGCAAUUACUAGUGCUGCAAUAGGAACCAGCUCUGUAGCUGCACGUGAUGCGUGGGUGGUAGCGGAAGAAGAGUACACCCCUCCUGUUGAUGUGAAAGUGAAUGAUGUGGUUCCCUGGGUUUUGGAUGUCAUUUUGAAUAAGCACAUUGUUAGUCCAAACCCUCACGUGAGGCAAGCGUCCUGUAUCUGGCUUUUAUCACUGGUGAAGAAAUUGAGCACCCACAAAGAGAUUAAGACUCAUCUCAAAGAUAUUCAAACUGCCUUUGUGUCUAUUCUGUCAGAAAGUGAUGAACUCAGUCAAGAUGUUGCUUCUAAAGGCCUUGGUUUGGUAUAUGAGCUUGGGAAUGAACAAGAUCAGCAGGAACUUGUUACAACUCUCGUUGAAACGCUUAUGACUGGAAAAAGAGUUAAGCAUGAAGUGAUGGGAGAAACAGUAAUGUUCCAGGGAUCAGGCCUUGGCAAGACUCCAGAUGGCCAGGGUCUUUCUACUUACCAGGAGCUUUGUUCACUUGCUAGUGACCUCAACCAGCCAGAUUUGGUGUACAAAUUCAUGAAUUUGGCCAAUCAUCAUGCAAUGUGGAACUCCCGGAAGGGAGCAGCAUUUGGUUUUAAUGUGAUUGCUACCAAAGCUGGGGAGCAACUGGCUCCUUUUCUACCCCAGCUCCUUCCUCGUCUCUAUCGCUACCAAUUUGACCCCAAUAUUGGGAUUCGGCAGGCUAUGACCAGCAUUUGGAAUGCACUAGUCACAGACAAAUCUGCAGUGGACAAGUAUAUGAAAGAAAUUCUUGAUGAUUUAAUAAACAAUCUGACUAGCAAUAUGUGGCGGAUUCGAGAGUCCAGUUGUCUAGCACUGAAUGACUUGCUGAGAGGAAGACCCUUGGAUGACAUUAUUCAUCAGCUUCCGGAAAUAUGGGAAACUCUCUUUAGAGUGCAAGAUGAUAUAAAGGAAUCUGUGCGAAAAGCUGCAGAAUUAGCCCUGAAAACAUUAAGCAAGGUCUGUGUGAAGAUGUGUGAUCCUUCUAAAGGAGCUGCCGGCCAGAGAACUAUUGCUGUCCUGCUGCCAUGUCUCCUUGAUAAAGGAAUGAUGAACACAGUGACUGAAGUUCGGACUCUUAGCAUUAACACCCUGGUAAAGAUCAGCAAAAGUGCUGGGGCAAUGCUCAAGCCACAUGCCCCUAAGCUCAUCCCAGCUUUGUUGGAGUCACUAAGUGUGUUGGAGCCCCAGGUACUCAAUUACUUGAGUCUGCGGGCUACAGAGCAGGAAAAGGCUGCGAUGGACAGCGCAAGAUUAAGUGCUGCUAAAUCCUCCCCCAUGAUGGAGACCAUCAAUAUGUGUUUGCAGUAUCUGGAUGUGUCUGUUCUGGGCGAGCUGAUUCCUAGGUUAUGUGAGCUGACUAGGAGUGGAAUAGGCAUUGGCACUAAGGGUGGCUGUGCCAGUGUAAUUGUAUCACUAACUACACAGUGCCCGCAAGACUUGACUCCAUAUUCAGGCAAAUUGAUGAGCGCUUUGCUUAGUGGUUUAACAGAUCGCAACACGGUGGUGCAGAAAUCUUAUGCCUUUGCCUUGGGGCACCUAGUUCGGACCUCGCGGGACAGCAGCACUGACAAACUGCUGCAGAAGCUGAAUAAUUGGUACAUGGAGAAGGAAGAACAAGUCUACAAACUGGGCUGCGCGUUGACUAUUCAUGCUAUUGGGCGAUAUAGCCCAGAUGUACUGAAGAAUCAAGCCAAGUAUGUCCUUCCCUUGGCCUUCCUGGGGAUGCAUGAGGUUCCUGACGAAGAAAAAGGAGAGAAAGAAGAUAGCAACCUAUGGACAGAAGUGUGGCAGGAAAAUGUGCCUGGCACCCAUGGUGGCAUAAGGCUUUAUAUGGAGGAACUGAUAGCUAUCACCCAGAAAGCAUUGCAGUCCCCAUCUUGGAAGAUGAAAGCGCAGGGAGCAGCUGCCAUGGCCUCUAUUGCAAAGCAAACCGGUUCCCUGGUCCCCCCACACUUGGGCCUGGUUCUCACCGCUCUGUUGCAAGGCCUGUCUGGAAGAACAUGGACCGGAAAGGAGGAGUUACUGAAAGCUAUUGCCAGUGUCAUUACUUCAUGCAGCACUGAACUCCACAAGUCCGUACCUGGCCAGCCCAGUGUCGACGACAUCCUUCAGGCCAUGCUUAAGGAGUGUCGCAAAGACAACCUCAGGUACAAGAUCGUGGCCCUCCGGUGCACGGCUGAUGUGCUGAAGACGAUGCAGGAAAAUCGCUUUCAGGAACUGACAGACAUCGUUUUCCCAAUAAUACAGAAGAAUUGCCCAGAGAAAAAAGGAGUCAGUUCACCACAGAAUGACGAUGAAGAUGAGGAUGAAAAUGAGAAGGAACUCCAGAUGGAAUCCCUUCUCUGUGCCUUUGAGAGUUUGGGGAAAGCAUGGCCUAGAAACCCAGAAACACAGUGCUGCUAUCGACAAGAAUUGUGUACACUAAUGUGUGAGCGGCUGAAACUCAGUACAUGGAAAGUUCAGCUAGGAGUCCUCCAAGCAAUGAAGGCUUAUUUUCAAGGGUUACUCUUGCUUGAAGCAGAACAUGCAGACCCAGUGGCUUUGUCAAGAAUAUUGUCGGAAACCUGUUCGUCUAUUACCCAUUCUCUUGAGAACAGAAGUUACAUGUCCAUAAGAACUGAAGCCUUGUCAGUAAUAGAAGUGCUACUAACAAAACUUGAAGAAUCCAAACAGUGGGGAAGCCUGAGCACCGAAAGCAGAGAACUCCUCCUAAGCUCCUUAACGGCCCUGACUCUGGACAGCAGGCCUGAGCUACAAGAGAAAGCAUCUGUGUUAAAGAAAAUCUUAGCAAAUCUUGAUUGAUUUCAAAAUCCAACCAAGUGCCGUGCAAAACAAAGCUAGCAAAACGUGUGCUCAGCGAGUUCUUGACUACACAGAGGGGGGAAACUAAAGAUGAUUUUGUAGCAUGCAUCAUUCCUUGGCUAAAAUAAAGAAUAUGUUGAAUUCUGUCCCCCAUUAAUUUAUGUUUGUUUUUUUAACCACUUAAAGCAGUUUGGUUAGUGUGCAAACCCAGCACGUGUUAAAUGAAAAAACCAAACUCUGUAAUGGAUUUUUGGGAAAUGUUCUGAUCUGAAUAAAGGGGAAGAAGCACCUUAUUAAUCAGUUAGACAGGUAAAAAUAGUAUCUACAUGGUAACUACUCUUAUAAAGUGAUUGUGUGGGAACUGGAGAACAAAGGCCUUUCGAAAGCCCUGCUUGUACCUUUUUGUGUGCUGUAAUUAUUGUUAUAUUGGUAGCGUUCUGGGUGCCAAUGGAAAGAUGGAAUGAACUAAUAAUAAUAUAAAGAGGCCAUGUUUUCUGCUGGUCGAGUCUGACCUCUCUGUUGGAAAUUUCUGGUUGUUAUGGGUGUCCAUAUCCUGUCAUUUCAUCCAGUGUGAAAAUGGAGUAAAUAUGAAUAUUUGGGCUAGUCCAUGCCUUCCUGAGUAAAAAAAAAUGUGGAUCAUUCCACAUAAACAUGCACACUCAAAGCACUUUAAUUCGUUGCCUGGAAAUAAGGUUAUAUGUGGGGACUGCUUUAAAAAAAGUAAAAAAUGAGCUCUGCUCUCGCCAAGGUUUAUUUUUAUGGUGAUCAGUCAGUACUAGCAAACCCCUUGUCUAAAAAUGGCCUCUAUUUCCUCAGAAGGAUCUCACAAUAGACUUCCCCUCAUGAGUUCGUAACUUAUCUUCUGCUUUGGGAAAUGAUAACUAAUUAAUGUUUAUUAAGCUUACAUGAUUAGUAACAUUAUCAGCCAUAGGAUCUCCUGGGUUUUGAAGAAAUACAUUUGAUUUUCAUAGUAAGACAUAAUACUGUGCCAUUGAUGCCAAGUAAAAAAAAUGUGAUUGUGUUUAAUAAACUUGUUACCCUGUUUUUUUCUGUAGUAGCAAAAGAAGAAAGAAAGAAAAAGACAUUCGCUCCAAUUUUAAUAAAGAAUUUUAAGGUGAUGCGGUUAUAUUUUUAAUUUGUGAAACUUCAAAACCAUUGCUUUCAACAAUAAAUACCAUUGCUUAUACAAUUUCUUGUCAUAUACACACAGAAGGAAGUACUGUGGUGGAAUCUGCGUGGUACUUGCUAACAGAUUGCCAUGUAUGAUAUUUCUGUAUGUAAGAUGUGGGCUAGAACGUGGUGUGUCUUACAUGAAGAACUUUAUUCAGGUAGCCUGCUGAUUCAUACAUAGAAUUUUCCAAUGUGCGAACUCAUUCUUCAAGACAGAUAAUUUGCUGGGAGGUGAUUUAGCUGGCCCUGAUUGUUUCUUGUCUGGGAUUAUCCUGAAACAACCAAGGCCAGCUAAUCACCUCCCAACAAAGGAUUCCCCAAGCAGUAAGAAGCCAGACCUUGAAACUGCUAGGCCAUUAAAUGCUAAUCAGGGUGGCCAAUUGAAACAUCCACACCUACCUCAAGCAGACAGAGUUCUUUUUCCCACGCUGGACAUUCCACAGAUAUAUAUAUAAAACCCACUUGCCUAGUUUCCAAAAGACCUCACCACCUCUGCCAUAGAUGCAGGCGAAACGUCAGGAGAGAAUGCUUCUGGAACAUAGCCAUAAAGCCUAAAAAACUCACAACAACCCAAAACAAAGUGUGACUUGCCUGGCAUUGUUGGAUUGUGUUGUCUGUGCAUAGUUGACUGGUUUUCCUAGGCCUGAUGGUUUGACAGUAUUUGAAAGGCUACAUGUUCACCACCCCUGGUUUAUCAUAUUUGAUGAGAAAGGAUUUUAUGGUCUCUCCACACUUGCAGUUGCCUAGAAGUGUUAAAAGAUGUGAUGGAGCAGUAUGUCGACCUUUUUAUUCUUAGUCACACCUAAUGGUUCACUUCUGACAUAACACCAGAGCUUUGGAAAUGCCAGCAUGUGUUAUGAGCUGGCCUUGAGGACGUGAUAAGGAAAUUUUGACUGCUACGUGUUUGUCUGAUUCUGCCCAUUAAACCUGGCUUCUGUGGCUAAGGAAUUGUGAUGUACCAUCAGUUAAUGCAAUGUAUUUACAGAGAGUUGCUUUGAGUUUGCUGAUGGCUUUCAUGGCUGGAAUCACUGGGUUGCCAUGAGUUUUCCGGGCUGUAUGGCCAUGUUCCAGAAGCAUUCCCUCCUGACGUUUCACCCACAUCUGUGGCAGCCAUCCUCAGAAAUUGUGAGGUAUACCUCACAACCUCUGAGGAGGCCUGCCAUAGAUGUGGGUGGAACGUCAGGAGGGAGUGCUUCUGGAACAUGGCCAUACAGCCUCAAAAAGCUCACAUCAAGUCACACAUUAUAAACUUCUGACAAAUUUUCCACUUUGGCCUGCAGGAGCUUUACAAAAAAGACGUAGGCAGAAAAGUUAAGGGUAGCUUUUUUUGUCGAAGGCUUUCAUGUCUGGAAUCAUUGGGUUGUUGUAAGUUUUUCCAACAGACCUCACAACCUCUGAGGAUGUUUGCCAUAGAUGCAGGCGAAACAUCAGGAGGGAAUGCUUCUAGAACAUGGCCAUAUAGCCUGAAAAACCUACAACAACCCGGUUGCUUUUUUGUUUUUGCAAGUUGUUUUGUGUAUUUAAGAUGGCCUAUUAAAAUAUGCUAGAUUUCCAGUAUGAUUCUUCAGCAAGAGUUUCAAUAAUUUAAAAUCGACUCCAGAGUAUGAAUUUGAAGUAGCUGUUCUAGUAGGUAUUUCCAAAUGGAGAAUUUAUAUCAACUGUGCUGAAAACUUUGCAAUUCCAGAGUGAGAACAAUAACAAGCACUACCUGGAAUGUGCAGGUUUGAUAAACAGCUUCUCUGAAUAUCUCUUCAUUCUUCUAAAUUGAGAUUCUGAACUUGUCAAACAAACAUGUGCUUCUCAGAGGAACCUACUUGCAAAAAGUUACACAGAUGUCAAGAUACCUUGUCCCUCUUUCAAAUUUGUUGACUUAAUAGAAGAAAGUGGCCUUUAUAGAGUUAUGUUUUCCUCUGAAAACGAUUGCACUAUAAAACACUGCCGCUCAAAUCUGGGCCUUUGUGCUGCUCUUUCAUGCUGCUUUGUAUACCUGGAUUAAAGUGUAAAUUCCACACUGUAGCACCCCACGGACUACAGUCUGUUUUAUGUUGAAAGAUUUCUAAUGUUGCAAGAAAGAAAAGUCUCCAUUAAAUUCACUGCAUUGAAUUUCUGUACCUGGAUAUCAAAUAUGUAUAUUACUGAAACCUUCCUCUAUAAAACAUUACAUUGAAUAAAGAAGCAUUACCUCUUCUUGGAA